CACACCCACACACCCACACACCCACACAGAACCACGCAAUCAGCCCAACAGGCAGGCUCGACACCCACCCCACUGACUUUGUUGAUUGACAAACAACACUGACUGGCACGGAAGAAGGUCGGCGGCCCUCAGUGGGCCGACAUGUGUACGUCACAUCUCAUCCACCCAACAGACAACAGACAAUCGACAGCCACUGACUCUGAAUCUGUUGAUAGACAAACAACACUUGCAAGUAAGAAAGACAGACAGGUCGGCCCUCAACGGGCCGACAUGUGAUCAUCCAUCCACUAAGUCAACCCCUCCCUCCCUCCCUCCCUCCGUCUGUCUGUCUGUCUGUCUGUCGCUGGUCCACCAGAUUGAUGUGACCAGCCAGCCCACAGAGCGACCAGAGAAGAGCAGACGAACCCCAUCACACCACACCACACCGCACCACACGCACUGGCUGCCCUCACGCACGACGCAGAUGGAAUCUCUGGCAACGAUGCGACGAGUCUGCACGCAAGAGAAGACAAAGAAGGACAUGCACUCUGUCUGUCUCUGUCUCUGUCUCGGUCUCUCUGCGUGUGUGUGUACCUUUUUCGGUUCGCCGCAGAGGAACACCUUCGACGGCCUCAUCGCUCUCGUCCCCUGCAAGUGUCGCAUCCGCCUGCACACAGCACGACAUACACACAGACAGACAAUCGGUGAUCGUCCGUCCAUCUGAUCCGCGCGUGUGUUUGGCAUACCUGAUGUGCUGCCAUGGUCGUGUUGUUCAGCUGGCCGUCCACCCAGUCGACGAUCGCCUUGACGCCCUUCUCGCCCUCGUACGUCGCCAGCUCAGUCAAGUUGCCGUCUGUGAAGAGCUUGAGCAUGGGAACGUGCUCAAUCCAAUACUUCUCGCAGAGGUCAGGGUUGCCGUCACACUCGACUUUGAUCAGCUUGACGGCAGGGUCGCGCUCAGUGAGAUUCGCCGUGACGUUGUCGAAGACAGGCAGCAUCGCCUGAGAGGCUGGACACCACCAGGCAUAAAACAUCACCAGCACAUAGGGACUCUCCUUGAUAUGCUCGUCAAAGUCUGCCUCCGUCGCCUCAAUCGCCACCACCGACGUGUCACUUUCCGCUACUGGUGCAGGGUCUGCACACACCAAUGCAUCCAUCCACCCAUCAGUAAGUAAUCUGAGUCAGUUUUUAUUCAUUUGCGUAAGUGCCUAGGUGCGUACCGCUUUGCGUCCGGCGGAAAGGCACUGGCUCCUCUGCAAGUGUCUGAUCUGCCUGCACACACACCACACCACACCACACCACACAGGCAAACGACACGGUGAUCGACCGGCUGACUGACAGAUCGCUGCUCGUUCAUCCAUCCAUCCCUACCUGAUUGGUCGAGUUGCUCAGCUGGCCUUCGACCCACUCAACGAUCUCGUCAGCGCUCGAAGACCCCCCGAGGGGGAGAGGCGUCGGUGAGUCAGAACUGCCGUCCGCAAACCAUUUUAGUGUCGGAUACCCAGUGAUAUUAUAUCUAUCAGAUCCACACAACUCACAGCGGACGCCGCCGCAGUCGCAGUCGACCUUGAUCAGCUUGACGGGAGGGUCGUGGACGGUCAGGUUGGCCGCCGCGAUGUCGAAUUCCGGCAGCAGCAUCUUCGACCAGAAACACCAUGGCGCGUAGAACAUCACCACCACAUAGGGAUUCUCCUUGAUGUGCUCGUCGAAGUCUGCCUCCGUCGCCUCAGUCGUCGCCACCACCGAGGUGUCAUUUUCCGCUGCUGCUGCAGGGUCACCACGCACGGACAGCAGACAGCCGCUCACGAGAAGGCCAGCAAGGACCAAGAGGCACGGCCGCUGCAUUGGUUUGGUUGGUGGCGAGUGGCUGGGCUGGAAGAGCGAGUACAGCGGCAGACAAGGACGAUGGAUGCCAGCAACGAGGCGG